UAAUAUUAGCCAAUAGGUGAUGCCGCUGUUGUGGGGGUUCACCUGCAGCCAUCGCGUCCCACUCGCCGCCGCACCUUUUGGUUCGCAUUCAAUUGGGUAACAAAGAAGCAGAGCGGCAGCAGCGGCGGCGAUCUCUCUCUUUCCCUUCGGAACCCUACCGUCGGGAGGGGAUCGGUUGACCAUGGCGAUAUUGGAGCGGCGGGAGCUGGGGAACACCGGCCUCAAGCUCAGUUGCCUCGGCUUCGGCGCCUCCCCCCUCGGUAACGUCUUCGGCCACGUCUCUCACGCUGACGCCCUCGCCGCCGUCCGCCUUGCCCUCCAACUCGGCAUCAACUUCUUCGACACCUCCCCGUAUUAUGGGGGUACGGUGUCGGAGACUGUGCUCGGAAACUGCCUCCGUGAAUUGAACGUGCCUAGGGAAGAUAUCGUCAUAUCCACCAAGUGCGGCCGCUACAUCGAUGGCUUCGAUUUCAGCGCGGAGAGGGUGACCAGGAGCAUCGACGAGAGCCUCGCCAGGUUGAAGUUGGAUUACGUCGACAUCCUCCAUUGCCAUGACAUCGAGUUUGGAUCCCUCGACCAGAUUGUGAAUGAGACCAUUCCUGCAUUGCAAAAGAUAAAAGCGGCAGGAAAGGCUAGAUUUAUCGGAAUAACCGGUCUGCCUUUGGGGAUUUUCACUUAUGUUCUAGAUCGCGUACCACCAGGUUCAGUUGAUGUUAUUCUUUCAUAUUGUCAUUACAGUAUAAAUGAUUCAGCCUUGCUAGAUUUGCUACCAUAUUUGAAAAGCAAGGGUGUUGGAGUGAUCAGUGCCUCGCCACUUGCAAUGGGCCUUCUCACAGAUAACGGUCCACCAGAGUGGCAUCCUGCAUCAUCAGAACUCAAGUCUGCCUGCAGAGCUGCAGUUGCUCAUUGUAAGAAAAAGGGGAAGAACAUUUCUAAGAUAGCUCUACAGUACAGCUUGAUGAAUAAGGAAAUUUCUACUGUGCUGGUUGGUAUGAACUCUCCCAAGCAGGUCGAGGAAAAUGUUGCUGCUGCACUAGAAUUAUCGAGUUUGGGAAUCGACGAGGAUCUUCUACAUGAGGUUGAAUCUAUUUUAGAGCCUGUCAAAACCCAGACAUGGCCAAGCGGCAUCCAGCAAGGUUAAACCCUCGAUGAAAAGAUCAUGAUAGAAGGGGAAAACGUCGACUAAUAGAGUUCCCAAAAAAGCAUUUAUAAGAAUAAAAUUGAUUCUAAUCGACUUUGUUUUCUGAAUGUUUGACAAUAAAAACAAAGAAACGGCCCAUAAAGUUGUAAUAUUUGCUGAUAAUGUUUUUAUUAGUUACUGUGUUGAA